UGUCGAUCGGAAGCUUGGGCUUGUGAAGACGUCUAAAUAUCCUCUUCUGACUUGAUACGUUGCUAGCAGAAAUUAUAACCUGCCAUCUGGAUCAGCAUAUGAGAAAAUUAAUUGUUCUGAAGUUGCACCUUCUGUGAACGCAUUUGUCCCUGGUUAACAAUUAGGACAGUAAUUCUGUUUGUUACGACACCAUUUGGCUAUAUGUAAUAAUGGACAUGCUGUUCGGCUGCAUUAGGUGUUCAUGUGUCGAUGUUAUAGAACCCAGUAUACAUGUUACUUGAUACUCUACCUAAACGUUGAGUAGUGAAGUAUUAUGUGACAGGAAGUGUUAUAAGAACCUCAAGACAGAAAACUGCAAAUAUAAUUGUUAGAUAUAUUAAAAAGAUCUGAUAACUUUGUUUCUUAUUACCCUCUUAUACAUUGGAUAAUAAAGUCUUUCUCCUUUAGGAGAGAUGAAAGAAUAUGAUCCAAAUUGGGUUUGGAGCACCAUAAUGUGUCGAGGGAAUUCACUGUUUUAUAAAUAGAGUAGGGGGAGGAGAAGGGUUCAACCUGGAGGCAGAUCAAGAGGGGCAGUGCGAAAUAGGGAAAAUGGAGUAAGGGCAAGAGAUUCAACUUUAAAUCUUCAAUGGUGUUUUUGCUUUGAAACUGCCUUUUCCAUAACAGUUGCUCUACAACUAUGUUUGGUUUUGUAAUAUCAAAAGGACUGACCCUACUGUACAGUACAGCACUGUUUAUCUCAACAGAGGCCUUCGACCAGGCCUGCCUCAGUAAGAUUGAAGGGAAAAAUUGGACACAGGUGGUCAACCUCAUGUGGUGCUCAUGGCCUGUCAGUGUUCUUUGCUGUGGGUUAUUGAGCUUUGUGUGGCUGUUUGUACUGAAACUCCCUGAUGAAGAGGUUGUGCCCCAUUAUGGCUGGGGUGUAGUUAGCUUUGCCUUGGCAACCAUCAUCACGGUCUUGGCACGCCCACAUUUCAUUGUUGGCCAGGCACAUUUAUUUGUCAAACUCCGGGUGUUGUCAGUGGGACUGUCUGAACUAACCAAGUGUCUUACUAUCGUGUUCCUGGUGAUCUACUUCCCAAAUCUGGGCCUCAUCUCCUUCUCAAUAGGACAGGUGGUCCAUGGAAUAACUUACACUCUGUUUUAUUACUUGACCUUCUACUGGUACCUAAACGACAAGUCAAAACCCAAAGACUUUGUGUUCCAGAGACCUAGAGAUUUCUUUCCACAGAAACCGAAAGACAAGAAAUACCUGAAUGAUUACAUGGUAUCCCUGGCAGGAAGCUUCUAUAAACAGUCUCUACUCAAACAGUUCCUCACUGAAGGGGAGAAAUAUGUGAUGACGAUAUUCAAUGUAUUCAGCUUUGGUGACCAGGGAAUUUAUGAUGUCAUCAAUAACCUGGGCUCCAUGGUUCCUCGCUUUAUUUUCCUGCCUCUCGAGGAAAGUGGACGGCUCUUCUUCUCCCAGUCUCUGAUGCGCGGGAAAUCCUGCAGAGACCAGCCUAAAGACUCGGUGGAUUUAGCGUCGCGGGUCUUACAGAGUCUGCUCCGAGUCGUCAUGCUGCUGGGCAUGCUCAUCCUGGUGUUUGGUUAUGCCUACUCUUUCCUUGCCCUGGAUUGGUACGGGGGUGAGGUCCUUUCUGCAGGCACUGGACCCACCCUCCUCCGCUGGUACUGUCUCUACGUACUCAUCUUGGCCAUAAAUGGCAUCACAGAAUGCUUCUAUUUUGCUGCCAUGAGCCAGGAACAAAUCAAUCAAUACAAUCAAAAGAUGGUGCUGUUCUCAAUAGGUUUCCUGGGUGCUUCACUGCUGUUUACUCAUCAGUUUGAGAGUGUGGGUUUCAUCCUGGCUAACUGUGUCAACAUGUGUAUAAGGAUAGCCCACAGUGUUUAUUUCAUCCACAAGUAUUUUGAAAGAACUACAUACCGUCCACUACUGGGUCUUAUUCCGUCUAAGUCCCUACUGCUCAGUCUGGCAGUGUCUUUGGUCAUCACAGUGAUAUCAGAGACUACCAUUUGCUGUGAUGCGGGGAUCCUGUACAGACUGCUACAUGUGGGGAUUGGUGGUGUGUGCUUCCUCUCUGUGAUAGGUGUUAUACUUUUAACAGAGGCUGACCUGAUCAGCUUUGUGAAGGAGCAUUUGUUAUAUCACAAGUCGUCCGAACCACUCAAAGGAGAAUGAUACAAGCAUGAACACAUCUUUAAUUGCUCAAACCUUGAUCCUGCAUUGCAGAUGUGGAUUAUCCAGACAUUUUCCUGUUAGGGCCUUCAAAAGACUGUUACCCACAACAACUAGACAUCACCCUUUGUGUCAAACCAGCUGUAAUCUUUCAGGUCUGAAUGAAGGAAAGUGCUAAAUGCCUUAACCAUCAUACAGGUAUCUGAAGAUUUUAAGCGAGAGUGAAAAUGAGAAUACCAAAUCAAAUCUCUAAGGAACUAGGUGCUUGGUUGCCAUAAAUAAACAAAAGGUUUAAGAAGGGACAGAUUGGUCCUCUUUUCUAUAUAAAUCGGCCAUCUCACAACCCUGUUAUAUUGCUUGAGAUGAAGGUGAUCGGAAUCCCCUGUACUGGUUAUUGCCCUGGCUGUAUUUAUUUUGGUGAUUUUCACAGUAAGUGGAUCAAAGCAUGGAAUUCAACGUGGCAGGAGUUGAUAUGGUGCAACAUAAUGGUGAAAUGAACACUGAAUGGACGUAAAGUAUAGUGUAUGGUAUUGUAUAGGGCAGUGUUGAAAGAGGUAGAAUGUGUAUUUACAACUGUGAAUGUCAACACUAGAGAACAGAGCAGUGCUACACUGUUAGCAAAAGUGGCCACGUUUCUCAGGGAUGGUGGAAUAAUUCACUGGUUUAUCUGCUACUUGACAAGAUGUUGGACCAGAAACUUUUGAGUGUUGCCUGAAACAUAUUCAACAUUCCUUAUAUUUCUAAGCGUUUUUGAACCCAUUGAUUUUAAACUCUAUAAUUAAUCUGUGACAGUGAAUGGUGCCUGCAUGUGUUUGAGUGUGAAAGAGUACAUUACUGGCCUUUGUAUAUACCCUUACUGACAACUACAGCUACAUUCCCUUGCUCUUGAAAAGAUUUCAUUCGGGUUGUAAUUUCUAUCUUCUAUAACUUCACUUUUUGGUCAAUUUUACAAUUAUGCACUACUGGAUUCAGGAGACGUCAUCAUGUUAAAUUUUUUUUUAGUUUAAUGGAAGGCUUCUCAAAAGAAAUAUACAAUAUUGUUAACACAUUCAAAUGUUUACCAAGGUCUGUGUUAACUCCAAUUAAACUUUUAGAUUAGUGAUGCAGUCACAAACAAACAUGUUUUAAGGGUAAAAUUUGCAUGUUCCAAUAUAAUAUUUGUUUAUUGCAAAAAGAAGUUAGGAAUGAAGCUGCAACAAGAAUGAGUUCACUGGUAUGGGAUGUAAGCUUUGUCAGUUAUAAUGUAUACACAGGCCACUGAGCUAGGACACUAUCUGUAGGUAUUGUAACAAUGACUGAAGCUCUGUUUGGAGACUUGCUUUUAUGAGCUUAUACUCAAGAAGGAAGUCUACUUCCUUUUAAUAGGUUUAGCCUUCAAACAGGCUGAAUGAAUGAUGUUUAUAUGAGGUCAGUUCAUAGAAGUGCAUUGGUUAUUUUGACUUUCGAUACAUAUAUGUAAUCCAGUGUAUUAUUAUGUAUUGACAUACAUGGUUGUUAUACAUUUGGAUAGAUAUAAAGUUGUUAUUUAUGUUUAUAUUGGAUAUCAUUGAUGUAAUUUGAUAUGUGCAAUGCUACAGAAUAUUCUAUUGUAUUUUGAAAU